AUGUGGUGGGGGGGGGGGUCACAGACACAUAGACUCAGUGCUGCACCAGGCUCCACACCUUCUCUGAGGAGCACCUCCUCCAAGGAGAACCUCAUCCAAGGAGCACCUCCUCUAAGGAGCAUCUCCUCCAAGGAGCAUUUCCUUCAAGGACCCCGUAUUGAGUUCAUCUCCGGGUUCCCGACCUCCUUCAAGGACCCCAUAUUGAGUAAAUCUCUGGGUUCCAGACCUCCUUCAAGGACCCCGUAUAGAGUUCAUCUCCGGGUUCUAGACUCUCACAUAAGUCAACUUCACAAACACACUCUCACACUACUCUUGUUCGCGCGUCUUAGCCUGCUGCCUCUCCUUUUCGCGCUGCUCCUGCCGCUCACGCUCGCACUGCUCUUGCUGCUCGCACUGCUUUCUCUGCUGUACGCACUGCUCACGCUUCUCGCGCUGCUCCUCCUGCUGCUGCUUCUCCUGCUGCUCCUGCUGUUUGCUUCUGCUCCUGCCGCUCGCGCUGCUCCUGCCGCUCGCGCUGCUCCUGCCGCUCACGCUCCCCCCCUGUAUCUGCUCCCCUUCAGCUGCUCCACCUCUGGCUGCUUUUUUCCUGUCCGCCUGCUAAGCUCCUCUCUGGCCUUCCUGAGGAGUUCCUUUCUGCUCUGA